CAGUUCUGGUUCUGCGGUCCAGGCCUGUUCCCGGCCAUCUUCAACCUGGCCAGUAACGCAGAGAUCAGCAGCAACGCCACCUGUGGUGACCCAGAACCAGAGGUUUACUGCAAGCUGGUGGAACAUGUUCCGGGUCGCAGAAUCAAGAACCCGCACUGCCCCAGAUGUGACGCCAACUCUGUCCUUGCUAAAGAGCGUCAUCCAAUCAUGAACGCUAUUGAUGGGACCAAUCAGUGGUGGCAGAGUCCGAGCAUCAAGAACGGCCGUCAGUUUCACUGGAUCACCAUCACCCUGGACCUGAACCAGAUAUUUCAGGUUGCUUACAUCAUCAUCAAAGCAGCCAAUUCUCCACGACCAGGUAACUGGAUCCUUGAACGCUCUCUGGAUGGUGUGACCUUUGACCCCUGGCAGUACUACGCCAUCAGUGACUCGGAGUGUUUGCAUCGCUACAACAUCACACCGAGAUUUGGACCACCGACCUACAGGAGCGACACCGAGGUCAUCUGUACGUCCUACUACUCCAGACUGAACCCUCUGGAGCACGGAGAGAUCCACACCUCUCUGAUUAACGGUCGUCCUGGAGCAGAUGAUUUGACCCCUGACCUCUUGAACUUUACAUCGGCUCGUUACAUCAGAGUGAGGCUUCAGAGAAUCAGAACGCUGAAUGCUGAUCUGAUGACACUGAGCGUUCACGACCCGCGGGACGUCGACCCCAUCGUGACUCGGAGGUAUUAUUAUUCCAUCAAGGACAUCUCCGUAGGUGGGAUGUGCAUCUGCUACGGACACGCCCAGAGCUGCCCACUGGACCCGGUUACCAAGAAACUGAAGUGUGUGUGUGAGCACAACACCUGUGGGGAAAACUGUAACGAGUGUUGCCCCGGUUACCAUCAGCUGCCAUGGCAACCAGGAACCCUCUCUGAAGGAAACACCUGUGAAAAGUGUAACUGUCACAACAAAGCCAGUGACUGUUUCUACAACCAGACCGUCUCUGACCUCGGCCUCAGUCUGAACCGUCACGGCGUCCGCCGGGGGGGCGGAGUCUGUAUCGACUGCCAGCAAAACACAACCGGGACCAACUGCGAGAGCUGCAGGGACGGAUACUACAGACCGGCCGAGGCGUCUCCGUACUCUGAUUUGCCCUGUGUGGAGUGCAGCUGCGACCUGAGAGGAUCCAGGUCAUCGGUUUGCCGCAGAGACGACACAGAACCAGGUGUGUCCGCGGGUCAGUGCCAGUGUAAGGACGGGUUCUCAGGUCGGCGCUGUGACCGCUGUGCGUUUGGGUUCAAGGACUUUCCCGCCUGCGCUCGCUGUGAGUGCAGCCUGGCAGGAAGCACCAACAGCGACCCGUGCAGCUCCUGCACCUGCAAGGUGAACGUGAUGGGGGUCCACUGUGAUCAGUGCAAACCGGGAUUUUACGACCUGCAGCAGCAGAACCCUCUGGGCUGCACCGACUGCUUCUGCUUUGGUGUUUCGGACGUCUGUCAGAGUUCUGAUUGGUCCGUCACGCAGGUGGUUCUUUCAGACGCUGUCCUCCGACCUGACCCCGUCCAGGCUGCUCUGGGUGUCCAUGGAAAUGACCUUGGCGUCCCCGGCAAUGCGUCCUUCACCGUCGCACACAAACACAGGCUGGUGUGGGCGGCGCCCCGCCAUUUCCUUCGCAACAAGCUGGUGUCCUUCGGGGGACAGCUCGUCUUCUCCGUGGUUUAUGACGUCGCCCCGGACAACCGUGACCAGACCCUAACUGUCCUCUCUGAUGUCAUCAUGCAGGGUAACGGCCGGACUCUUCGUCUCUCGCCUCCUCUGCUCCUCUUCCUCUCGCCGCUGGCAGAGCAACCCGUUGUCAUGGAGAUUUACCCGGACCGGUUCGUAGACAACCGAACCGGAGGCCCAGUAACACGACACGACCUGCUGCUGGUUCUGACAGACCUGACCCGCCUGGCGGUCCGGGUCCAUCUGAACACUUCCACUGAGGGACCAAUACGGCUCGGUUCGGUCUCUUUGGAUGUCGCCAGUUCUGGUUCAGGUUCUGGAGUUCGGGCGGUCGCCGUGGAGACGUGUGAAUGUCCAGCCGGUUACAGCGGAACCUCCUGUGAGUCGUGUCUCCCUGGGUUCUACCGGGUCGGAGCGGUUCUGUUCGGAGGGAACUGCAUGCAGUGUGAGUGCGGCGGCCGCUCCACCCACUGUGACAUCACUGGAGUCUGUCAGGGCUGCAGCCACAACACCACCGGCCCCCACUGUGAACUCUGCCUUCCUGGUUUCUAUGGAGACCCGACCAACGGCGACUGCCGACUCUGUCCGUGUCCUCUAACGGAGCCGUCCAACAGUUUCAGUCCUACCUGUGUGGUGGAGCCGUCGGGUCAGGUGUCAUGUGACCGGUGCCAGCCCGGCUAUGCGGGGUCAAACUGUGAGAGGUGUGCCAGUGGUUUCUACGGUAACCCGCAGGUGGUGGGCGGGGCCUGUGUUAGCUGUGAAUGUAACGGUAACGUUAACGUGAGCGAGGCUGGUUACUGCGACGCUGUGACCGGGGAGUGUCUGCGUUGCCUUGGCAACACAGCAGGAAAACACUGCGAGGCAUGCCGUCCUGGUUACUAUGGCGACGCAGUCAUCACCAAGGACUGCAAAGACUGCGGCUGUGAUGUCAACGGCUCUUCCUCCAGUGUUUGUGACAUCACAACAGGUCAGUGUGUGUGCCAAGAGAAUGUGACGGGACGCACCUGUGACCGCUGCCAGUUGGGGUUCUUCGGGCUGCAGAGUGGGAGGGGCUGUCUGCCCUGCGGCUGCAUCCAAUCAGGAUCUGUCUCUGAGUCAUGUGACCAGGAUGGACGGUGCCACUGCACCGAGGGCGUAGCUGGAGACAAAUGUGAUCGUUGUAGUCGUGGUUACUAUGGUUACCAUAGCAGAAACUGCACAGAAUGCAUCUGUGAUCACACCGGAGGAAACUGUGACCCCGACAGCGGAGAGUGCAUCUGCCCCCCCAACACAGAGGGAGACAGCUGCGACAGGUGUGAGACAGGCUACUGGGGUCACGACCCCAGCUCAGGGUGCAAGCCGUGCAGUUGCAGCGCAGCAGGAAGCUCCGCCUCCCGGUGCCACCUGCUCAGUGGACAGUGUCCCUGCAGGGACGGCUUCUCUGGCAGGUCAUGUGACCGCUGUGCACCUGGUUACUAUGGUUACCCAGCAUGCUCAGCAUGCCACUGCGACUUGGCAGGAACCAACGAGACGUACUGCAAUAAAACGCUCGGCGUGUGUGAGUGUGGACGGACCGGAGAGUGUGUGUGCAAGGCCAGCGUGUCGGGUCGGCGCUGUGAGGAGUGUGUUUCCGGCUGGUUCGCUCUGUCCGACCAGAACCCCAACGGAUGUUUUGACUGUUUCUGUUCUGGACUCAGCAAAGACUGUGAGGAGCAGGGAGGGCUGACCAGAGUCCCUGUCAGUCUGGGUCCUGUUCUGUCAUUGGUCAGCCUGUCCAGUCAGCAGAGUGUAGUGUCUGGAGUCUACCAGCAGGGCGGCGACAUGCUGCUUGACACUCGCCAGUUAAACAGCAGUGGGCUCGCUGGCCCCCUCUACUGGAGGCUUCCCCACCAGGCUGAAGGGAACCAGCUGAUGUCGUACGGCGGCCUGCUCUCUUACAUCAUAACUUUCUACGCUGAGGACGGCUCAGGACUGUCCAAUCAGGAGCCUCAGGUGCUCAUGAGGGGCGGGACCCUGAGGAAGCACACCAUCUUCACUGACGUGGUUGCCCCUAGCAAUGGCAUCGUCACUCAGCACGACAUCCGGCUGACGGAGCACAGAUGGAAAUAUUUCAACUCGGUGUCUCAGAGGGCAGUGACCCGGGCGGACUUUAUGUCCAUCCUCAGUAAGGUCCAGGACGUCCUCAUAAAGGCCUCAUAUGGAACCGGGCUCCAGCAGAGCAGGAUUUCUAACGUCACCAUGGAGACGGCUGUGGGGGCGGAGUCAGACUCUUCCCAGGAAAAGGCCAGACUGAUCGAGUCGUGUCUUUGUCCACCGGGCUACGGCGGCCUGUCCUGCCAGGUCUGUUCGGUGGGUUUCUUCCGCCAGCCUCAGUCAGAACUUCCUGCUCAGAGUCUGAGGACCAUGACGGUGCGUCCAUGUCUUCCAUGUCGCUGCAACAACCACAGUGCGACCUGUGACCCGGAGACAGGAGACUGCCAGGACUGUCAGCAUCACACCAGCGGGCGGCGAUGCGACGUCUGCUCCCCAGGUUACUAUGGAAACGUCAGUGGUUCCAUCAGUGACUGCUCUCCGUGUGCCUGCCCCCUGGUGGUCAACAGUUUCAGUCCCUCCUGCGUGUCGGCCGCUGGAGGUUUCCGCUGCACUUCCUGUCUGACAGGAUAUGAAGGCAGACACUGUGAGAGGUGCUCUCCAGGUUACCAUGGUAACCCCACUGUGCCAGGCGGGCUCUGCCUGCCAUGUGGCUGCAGUGGGUGGGGCUCCCUCCAUCAGCUGUGUGAUGACCUCACAGGACGCUGCCAGUGCAAGCCUGGGGUCAGAGGUCAGUCAUGUGACCAGUGUGAGGAGCGCCACGUCCUCCAUCAAGAGCAGUGUGUGUCGUGUGUCGAUGGCUGCAGCGCCGUUCUCCUCGACGACCUGGACCGCCUUAACGACCACUUCCUGUCUGUCAACCUGAGUGCUGUCGCCAUGGCGCCGUACCGCCAGCUGGUGCUGCUGGAGAACCGGACCAAAGACUUCAAGGUGAGCGUCUCUCCAAACAGAGCUGGGGCAUCUCACCUGUCCAGACUGGAUGAGGACUUGUAUCACCUGACCUUUGACCUCAGCACUUUGCAGCAGCAGGUGACACGUCUGUCUGGGAGUCUCAGGGGUUUUCUCACCUCCACCAACAACAGCUGGUCCCUCAGUGAGCUGCUGCUGCAGAGAGUCAGCAGCCUGCAAGACGAGACUCGGGUGCUGCAGAAGGAGGCGGGGCUUCUGAACCAGACCAAUGACGAUGAGCUGACUGAGGACGCCGCCGGCCGUCUAGAGGAAGCAGAGGCCAGGCUACAGCGCAUCAGAGGAAUCAACCUGACAGCCGCCGGGUCGGCAGUCAAUCAGGAGCUCAGCCUCUCCGAGGCUCUGCUCCGCUCGCUGCAGAUGGACUUCCUGUCCAGGUGGACUGCAGGUAAAGACAGGCUCCGCCCCCUCACCAACUUCCUUGGCGUCGCCAUGACAACGCUCCAGCAUGCGCGGGCUCCUCUUGGCGAGGCGGCGGAGCGAAACUCACAAACAGAGAAGCUCCUUGAUGCUGCAGGUGCUCUGCAGCGCCACCUUCAGGCGGCCCGACAGAACCUGGGUUCUGCGUUGGUGGCGGUUCACGGGCUGAUGGCGGACGGCCAGACGAUGCAGAAGGACGCCGUCAGUCUGAGCGCCCAACUGACCAACCGCAGCGCGCAGGUGGAGCUGCUGGCCAGCCAGCUGGAACAGCUGCGUCCGGCGCUCAGGAAACACGUAGAAGUUUUGCUGGUCGGCCUGAAAACCAACAGCGCUCUGGAAAACGUUCACCGAGCCGAAGGCCACGCCCACCAGCUGCAGAGCCACGCCCACUCGCUGCAUAGCUCCAUGAUGUCAGUGGUCAACGGGUCCCAAAGCCCCGCCCCCUGGGCUCUCCUGGAUGAUGACAUCAUCCAGUGGGUUGGCUCCGCUCACCAGGAAGCUGGAUCCGGCCUGAUCGCUGCCUCGCUCGCCCUCCACCUGACCGGCCAAUCAGAGCGGACGCUGGCAGAGGAGGGCGGAGUCAGGCUGAACGUGGCCUCCAGGGUCCUAGAGGAGAGUCGGCAGGUCAACGCCACGGCUGAAGAGCUGCAGGCCAAUGUUUCCAUGGUAACCACCAAACUGCAACUGGCCAGAGAUGGCGUGGAGAACUGCAGCCGUCUGCUCCAUCGUCCAAUCAGAGACCUGCAGCAGCUUCCUGCUGGUUCCUCCAGACAGUCUCAGCUCCAGGUUGAACUGGCUCACUCGGGGCUGCAGGGGGCGCUGCUGAGGCUGCAGGGACUCCGGCUGCAGCUGCAGAACUCUUCUUCUGUGGUGGAAAAAACCCACAUCACAGUGAGGGAGACCAACGGCCUGAUGGGUCGGGCCCAGGCUACAGCCAAUGAGGUACAACGCAGGCUGGAGGAGGCGGAGCAUCGCACACAGCAGCUGCUGGAGAGACUGAAGCCUCUGAGCAUGCUGGGAGAAACCCUGAGCAGGAAUCUGUCGGACAUCAGAGAACUGAUCGAUCAGGCCAGAAGACAGGCGGCGUCGAUAAAGGUGGCGGUCCAGGCAGACAGGAACUGCGUCCGAUCCUACAGACCGCCGGUUCAGUCCAGCAACUUCAACACUCUGAGUCUGGUUCUGAAGACUUCCCGUCCAAACAACCUGCUGUUCUACCUGGGCAGCAACACCACGGUGGACUUCCUGGCAGUAGAGAUGCAUCAUGGGAAGGUUUCCUUGCUGUGGAACCUGGGCUCUGGAACAACCCAACUACAGUUUCCUGAAACAGACAUUGCCAACAACCGAUGGACCAAAAUCAAUGCUACGCGGUUUGGGGCACACGCCGCUCUGUCCGUCCAUCAACUGGACUCUGGGUCGGCUCCUCUGCCAGCAGUGACGUCCUCUUCUCCAGGAUUAUUGCGAGUUUUGGACAUUGACAGAAACACGGUGAUUCACAUCGGAGGAAUGGGAGCUCUCACUCAGCGUCCUGCAGGGCUGCACUCGUCCUCCUUCCAGGGAUGCCUGGGGGAAGCUUCGCUGAAUGAGCAGAACAUCGGCCUGUGGAGCUAUGUCAGUCGGGAGGGCCGGUGCAGCGGCUGCUUCAGCAGUCCCCAAGCAGAGGAGACAUCUUUCUACUUUGACGGCUCGGGGUUCUCUAUGGUCCAGAAGUCUCUGAAAGCCACGUCCACCUCCAUUGUCCUGCUGUUUAAGACUCUGUCUCCAGGUGGACUGCUCCUCUACCUGGCCUCCAACAACACGAGGGACUUCCUGUCUCUAGAACUGGUUGAGGGUCAUGUCCGUCUGGCGUUUGACCUGGGCUCAGGGAUUCUGGUCCAGACCUCCAACAGGAAGUACAACACUGGAGUUUGGUUCAAGGUCACCCUGCAGAGGAACAAGCGAAAAGGUUACCUGUCCGUCAUGGCGGCAGACCAAUCAUCGGAGAAGGAGGUGUUGGAGGCCGAGUCUCCAGGAACCGCUUCGGACCUGAACCGCUAUGACCUCGACCCCAUCUACAUCGGAGGGUUUCCUUCAUCCAGACCAAUCAGGCGACAGGUGGUGUCCCGGGCAUACGUUGGUUGCAUAAAGAACGUGGAGAUUGCUCGUUCGAACUUUGACCUGCUGAAGAACGCAUUCGGGGUCCGGAAGGGUUGCGUUCUGAAGGCGGUGCGGAGUGUCUCUCUGCUGUCUGGAGGUUUCGUCCAGAUCGCUCCUCCAUCAUUCGGUCAGGAGGCGGAGUUUCUCUUUACCUUCUCCUCCAACAACCAAUCAGGAGUCUUGCUGGCGGCCUUCAGUGAUGACCGAGUGCACCGACAGUACUUCCUGACCCUUCACCUGGUCUCAGGUGGUGUGGAGGCAGAGGUUGGGGAUGUGGGCGGAGCCACACGGAAGGUUAAAGUAUUGAAGUCUGGUGGAGGAUCAUUCGGUGAUGGAAGCGAUCACUCAGUUGUUAUGACUGUCAACAGGAAGUCUCUGUCCCUCCAGGUGGACGAUGAGCACCUGAAGUCUGCGUCUCUGAUGUCUGGAGGCUUUUCUCGGCUGACUCCAUCCUCUCUCUUCAUUGGUGGGCUCCCGCCGGAGAAGGAGUCCCGUCUGCCAAUCAGAUUGCGAGUUUCAUCCCAGCGAUUCAGGGGCUGCAUCCAUCACCUGGUGGUGGGCGGAGCGCUUGUGGACCUAUCAGUUGCAGUCAGGUACAAGGGGGCGGAGCUUAACACCUGCCUUUUGGAGCGAAGCACGGCGGGGGCUAUGCUUCCUGAUGACCCGGACGUGGGGUCGAUGCCUGCACACCUGCCUUUAACUCCACCCACACACCUGAGCGCCCUGACAGCUGCAGCGCUAAGAUGUGUGGCGGAGCAGGAAGCAUCCUUCCUGCCGUCGGCAGCGCAGUUUGGUUCGUCCAGCCACAGUCACAUGACCUUCCUCAUCAACCCCGGUGCCUUCAGGAAGAUUGUAUCGGUGAGGUUGUCGGUGCGAAGCCGGGCUCUGGACGGCCUCAUGCUCCUCCUGUCGGACGCCAAGCAGAUGGACUUUGUCGUCCUCGGUCUGAGAGGGGGACGGGUCAGGCUGUCCGCAGACCUGGGGAAAGGCCCCGCCUCCGUCCUGUCCACCACUGUCAACGAUGGACACUGGCACUCAGUGAGCGCCGAGGUGAGUCGGAGGUCCGUGUCCCUGACGGUGGACGGCUCCCGUCCUGCCACCGCUUCAAUCAAAGGGAACCACCUGGACGUGGACAGGACGCUGUUCCUCGGAGGGUUACCUGCCGGUGUGAACGGCCGGAGGAUCGGCGUCAGCAGCAGUCUCCCAGGUUGUCUUCGGUCUGUCAGUCUCAACGGUACCAUCUUGGAUUUGUCCAAGCCGUUCUCACAGCAUGAUGUCACUUCCUGCUUCACCAAGGAUCAGACAGGAAGUUAUUUCAACGGCAGUGGACACGCUGAGCUCAUGCAUGAUGGGUAUAAGGUCGGCGCUGACAUGGCGGUGUCUCUGGAGUUCCGGACCAGCCAAUCAGAAGGCAUCUUCCUGGGCAUCAGCAGCGCCAAAGUGGACGCCGUCGGCCUGGAGAUGGUGGACGGACAGGUGGUGUUCAAUGUGAACAACGGGGCGGGCCGCGUGGCGCUGCGCUCCACGGGCCCCCUGCUCUGUGACGGGCGCUGGCACCACCUGGUGGCCAGGAAGACGAAGCACGGCCUGACGCUGAGCGUGGACGGGACGCAGUACAGCGCCGCUAACCCCUACCCACAAUCCACCUCUGCUGAGACCAACAACCCCGUCUACCUGGGCGGGUUUCCAGCCAGCGUGAAGCAGAACUGCCUGAGCGUCCGCUCCGGGUUCAGAGGUUGCCUGAGGAACCUGCGGCUCGCCCGCUCUCACCUGAACCUCCCUCUCCAUCUCAGCUCCGCCCACUUCCUGUCGGGCGUCACGCCGGACUCCUGCCCUGCCUCGUAGCGAUCGUCGCCAUGGUGACGUCAUCUCAGGUUGAUUUUAUUAAAGCUGAUGUCAUCAUAAUGUAAUCAGACAAACAAAUAAACCAGAGAAGAAGAAAGUUGUUUGUUUCUUCAUUUUAAUAAAUGAAUAAAAGUGAUGAAGGUGAGAAAAUAAAACCGGACACCAGGGGGCGUGCUGGUUCAGUCUGUCUGAGGCCAUAAAUACAGAAAUGAGCCACAGAUUAAUUAAAUGAAUGAGGUCAGAGGUCAAAGGUCAACAAAAUUCCUUAAAUAACAGUUUUUCCAGAAUAAAGAACAUGAAGGAUCGGUUCCAGCAGGCGGGUUCAACUGACCCAACAGGAAGCACUUCCUGUUCAGAUGACCCGGUACCAACAGUUACCAUGGCAACAGAUCCAGGUGAGAAUCUGGCUCAAUUACCACAGAUCCAGAUAACAUGCAUUAGGAUCGGUUGCUACGGCGACAGGCCCAGGUGAGACAGGCUGGUGUUCUGACGGUGAAAACGUUUCGCUGAGGUUCUGAACCUGCCAAGCAGAACCGACCCGGUCCAGAAAUGUGACAAGAGGGAAAAAUGUAACAAACAAGUGAAACUAGCGUCUACCACUGCAGACUUCCUGCAGAGUUUCAAAAUAAGAGUUCAUCCCAACAGCUCCCUACUCCAAGCAGGGCUUUUAUUUUGAAGGGCUCUCCUGUAGAGUGUUUACCACAGCAGACUGAGGUCAAAGUUCACUCCAACAGAGCCGACCAUCAGGAUCAGACCUCCGAGCUCUAUGGCACUUCCUGUUGCAUCAUGGGUAAAUACUGGCUGAGCUUUGGCUGUGCAAGCGAUGGGGGCAGGAAGCAGAUUUUCAUAAUAAAAGCUUCUCAGCAGGUUCUCAAACUAAGUCAGGAGCACACCUGAGUCAGUCGGCCAAUCAGAAGGUUUCCUGAAGCAGUCAGGGGGUGUGGCUUGAGGUGUGUGAGGGGGCGGGGCUUCUUAAAAUACAUCACAGCUUCACCUGGAGACAAACGUCCAACUGCAGCGUACAGCACCAGGGUGUGUGUCUGUGCGUGUGUGUGUGUGUGU